AAAACAAAAGCCAAAAGCAUAUGUGUUGACAGGUAUGUAUUUACUUAAUGUUGAAGUUUUGAAGGAAGGAUGUUGAAAACCAGGAAGAAGGAAGGACUAAAUUAAUUCUUUGUCUAAGUCUUGGCAGGUUUACCAGCAUGUAAUGCUGCGCGAAACGACACACCCAGAUUGUAUAAAAAGAAAGAUAUUGACUGCAAAAGUCAGUAGCUUCUGACACUGCUGGAAGUCCAACGUGAAUGCAGACAGACAACUGAGGACUUGAGGCUCAACUUCAUAGCAGAGAUGAAUAAGUUCCUCUGCCUAUUGGCUGUUGGUUUAACCCUUGGCUUGCAAUGCCAAGUGGAUGCCAAACGCCAUUUGAGCCGCAGUUUCAUCGAAAAAUGUGUGAAAAAGGCUAAAACCAAUGUGGAUGACGCCUAUACGUACUCCCGCCAAGUGAGCCUUGACCGGGUGAGGAGAAAUGCAGCAAGCCCUGCAGACAUCCUGAGAAUGCUGAAGCAGCCCAAUGGACCAUCCAGACAGGCGGUGCGCGCUGCAGACUACAUGGCCAACACUCUGCAUGUGAUUAACCACUACCUGUCCAAACGUCACAAACGCUCCAUCAAUGCCACAGACCUUAUCUCUAAGGGUGAUCUGGAUGUGAUCGCCAAUCUGACAGGCUGCGCUGCUCAAGUCAGAAAUAUUUACUGCCGGGAUCUUCCCAAUAUCAACAAAUAUCGGACGGCAAACAGCAUCUGCAACAACCUUGACAACCCUCGCUGGGGUGCCUCCAACAUCCCGUUCCUCCGCUGGCUGCCUGCUGAGUAUGAAGAUCGCAUCAGUUCUCCUAAAGGCUGGACUCAUGACGUGAAAGUCAACGAUCACCUUCUUCCCUUGGUGAGAGAUGUGUCCAACCGUAUCUUGGCAACAGCUAACUCUGAUGUGGAGAAUGACCCCCUCUACACCCACCUGGUGACAAUCUUUGGCCAGUGGACUGACCAUGACAUCACUUUCACCCCUCACUCUCCCUCCAUCAGGUCAUUUAAUGAUGGCAUUGAUUGUGAAAAGACCUGCGGCAACACAGAGCCAUGCUUCCCCAUAGAGUUUCCCUCAGGUGAUCCUCGCAUUCGGGAUGACUCUGAAGAGUGCAUGCCAUUCUCCCGCUCCGCGCCAGCUUGUGGUUCUGGUAACACCGGACACAUCUUUGGCUCACCCACUGUCCGGCAGCAGAUGAACACUCUGACGGCCUUCAUCGAUGUGGGUCAGGUCUAUGGUUCUGAUGACAGCAAAGCUCGCAGUCUCCGAAACCUCACUACUGAUCAGGGAUUGUUGAGGGUGAAUAAAGACUUUAAAGACAACGUUUCUAUUGUCUCUUCAGGUGGAUUGGACCCGAUCUUGAGAGGGUUGAUUGGUCGUCCGGCCAAGCUGAACACUCAGGACCACAUGUUGACUGACGAGCUGAGAGACAGACUGUUUAAAUUCUCUGUAAAGCUGGCUCUGGAUCUGGGAUCUCUUAACCUGCAGAGAGGAAGAGACCAUGGACUCCCUGGCUACAACAAAUGGCGAGAGUUCUGUGGCCUGUCACAGCCACGGACUCUAAGUGAGUUGGCUGAGGUUCUCAACAACACUGACUUGGCCCAAGGACUGCUGGAUCUUUACGGUACACCUGACAACAUCGAUCCAUGGCUGGCAGGAGUGGCUGAGCCAUUUGUCAGUGGAGGAAGAGUGGGACCUCUGUUUGCCUGUCUGAUUGCUACUCAGUUCCAGAACAUCCGCGAGGGAGACAGGUUUUGGUGGGAGAAUGAAGGUGUCUUCACUGCGGCUCAGAGGCUGGCAAUUAGGGACACAUCUCUUGCCAGAAUCAUCUGUGACAACACUGGGAUCACUGAAGUUCCUGAGAAACCUUUCCAGUACCGACCUCGAGGUUCUGGAUACACCCAGUGUGACGACAUCCCUGCAUUUGACCUCAGUCCAUGGAAGGAGGGUGCUCAAGGUCCAGAUAGUCAACAAGGGGCUCAAGGUCCACCAGGACCCGCAGGGCCGCGCGGUCCGCCAGGACCCCCUGGACCUCCCGGACCUUCAGGCGCAGCAGAGCAUGUCGCCUUCUCUGUUCGCCUUGGUAACAACUUCCCCAAAGCUGGUGCCCCCAUCGCCUUCCAUGAUGUCAUCUACAACGGACAGAGCAGCUAUGACCCCAAGACCGGCUUUUUCACCUGUGAGCACCCAGGUGUCUAUGAGUUUGAGUUCCACUGCAUCAUUUACCAAAACGAAGCCAGUGUGGAUCUGCUUCAUAACGGAAAGCUGAUCCUGCACUCAUUCACCACCCGCCAGAGCGGCUACAUCACAGCCAGUGGCAGCACCUUCAUCAAGCUUGCAAAGGGAGACAGGGUGUGGCUGAUUGCUAACCAUGGUGGCAACGGACUGACCAGUGACAGCUUCUUCUCUGGCCAUCUGCUGUUCACUGAGUAGGAGGGUACUAAAGUAUUUAUUUAGUUUGCACUGUCUGUUUAAAGCAAUUUAAAUGAAGGAGUAAAAGCAUGAUUCAAACAGAGGCAAUAAAAUAAAUUCAUUUUUGUGAAUGAAUAAGAAAUGUGUAGCUUAAGAUGAAAUGGGUACUGUAUUUACUUUGCAUAUCCUUUUAUUUUGGAAAAAAAAAUAACCAAAAUAUUUUUUUGCAUAUUUUUUGGUGUUCUAUGUUCAUGUUAAAUGAAGAAGUAAACAAAGUGCACUGAUAUUGUAAAGUAAAGAACCUGAAGAAUGUAUUCAAAUCAGUUUUAUUUAACCACACAGAUAAAUGUAAUUUAUGGUAUGUUUUAAUUUGCUUGAGUUUCAUUCCUAUAA